UGGAACGAGCAUGCGAAUCUGGCCUACCUCUUCAAACGUGGCGCACCAAUAAUUGUAUUGGAUACCUUGCCAGCGGAGGCAAGUUGGUACAUGGAGGCCCUUCAAGCCACUACAACAGAUGACAAAAGCCCUGAGCGAAUGCUAAGCAACAGCAGUGUUCAAGAAAAGAAUAUUUCUGAACGAGAAGUCAUCCCGGACACUGCGGCAGGAAGUGAACAUCAAUGCUUGACUUCUUCUGAGUCUGGUGAAAUUAUGCAACAGAACGAGCAGGAUAAGAAGAAUCUGACAGGUACUUAA